AUGCGUGUGUCACCCGCGCGCAGCGCGGAGGCCGCGCGAGCGCUCCCGGCCGCCGGCGACUCGGGACCGGGCACCUGGGACCCGCCGGGCAGGCCCCCGCUCCUGCAGCCGCCGCUGCCGCCGCAGUCCCUGCUCUUCCUGGCGGCCACCGGCGCCUCCUCCUGCUGCGGGGACGGGGGGGAGCGGAAGCGGCCGCGGGGCAAGCGGCGCUCGGGCUCCCGGCACAAGCGGCGGCGGGGCCGCGGGGGCGGCGGCGGCGGCGGCGGGACCCAGGAGGCGGAGAAGCGGCGCGGUAGCGGGGGGCUGAGCACGCUGGUGGAGGAGUACGACGACGUGAGCUCCCAGUCCGAAGGGCUGGUGGGCGGCGGCGCGGCCGGCGGCGGCGGCGCGGGCAGCGGCGGGGGGAGCCCGGCCUCCUCCUCGGGCGGUGGCGGCGGGACCCAGCGCCAGAGGGGCGAGGCGGAGCGGAGCGGCCGGUCCCGCCGGGAGCACCGCGGCAGCAGCGGCCGCUCCAAGGAGCGGCACCGGGAGCACCGCCGGCGGGGGGAGGAGAAGGCGCAGCAGGAGGGGGCGUCGGCGGGCCGCGGGGGACCCGAGGCCUCCUCGUCCUCCUCCAAGUCCCGCAGCCGCCACAAUCACACCGGGGGUCAGGACCGGGAGGGACUCAAGAGCAGCAGCGGCGGCGGCAGCGACGGCCGCAGGAAGGGCUCCCUCGCCUCGCCCGGCAGCGGCAGGAAAGAGCGGGAGAGCAAAGCGCACCGGAGCCGGACUAAAGCGGCCAAGGAGCCGCCGUCGGCUUACAAGGACCCGCCGAAGGCCUACCGAGACGACAAGCCCGAGCCCAAGGCCUACCGGCGGCAGCGCUCGUCCCCCAGCCCCGGCCGGGAUGACAGCCCCCCGCUGCACCGCUCCUCGCAGAGCCAGCGGAGCCGCAAGUCGCUCAGCCCGGUGGGCGGCCGCUCGCCCCUCAGCCCCUACAGCCGCCGCCGCUCCCCCAGCUACAGCCGGCACAGCUCCUACGAGCGCGGCGGGGAUGUGUCGCCCAGCCCCUACAGCAGUUGGCGCCGGUCGCGGAGCCCCUACAGCCCAGUUAUCCGGAGAUCAGCAAAAUCUCGAAGCAGAAGUCCAUAUUCAUCAAGGCACUCGAGGUCUCGUAGCAGACACAGAUUGUCUAGAUCCAGAAGUCGUCAUUCAAGUAUUUCUCCUAGUACAUUGACUCUGAAGAGUAGCCUGGCUGCUGAGCUGAACAAAAACAAAAAAGCAAGAGCUGCUGAGGCAGCCAAAGCCAGUGCAAAAGCUUCCAAUACUUCAACACCUACUAAGGGAAACACUGACACUGGUGUAAGUGCACCUCAAGUGAACAAUGUAAAGGACCUGAAGAAAAUAAAAACUGAGCAUACACCUUCUCCUACAAGCAGUGCAAAUUUGAAAAAUGACAAGGCAAAAGCAAAGGUCUCGCUUCCUGAAGCAAAAGGGGAAAAUAAUUUAAUUGCAGACAAAAUUACUAAACAGAAACCUACAUCAGUAAAAGAGAAUAAAUUAACUGUUGUAAAACAGCCACCGGUCACUGUAAAAGAGAAAAGCAAACCGAGUACACCAAGUGUAGUAACCAAGGAGAAGGAGCGAAUUGUUGCACUACCAACCUCCACGCUGCCACCCUUGCCUUUGCCUCCCACGCUGCCUGAAGAUAAAGAAACUGAUAGUUUGCGGGAGAAUCUUUCAGUGAAGUCAGUUAAAGAAGCAGAGAAGAAACUUCGCCAUCUGCUUGCAGACUUGCCACUUCCUCCUGAGUUGCCUGGAGCAGCUGACUUAUCCAAAAGUCCUGAAGAAAAGAAACCAGCAGUUCAGUUACACAGCAAGAGAAGACCAAAAAUAUGUGGGCCACGACAUGGUGAAACGAAAGAAAAAGAAAUUGACUGGGGAAAGCGCUGUGUGGAUAAAUUUGAUAUCAUUGGUAUUAUUGGUGAAGGCACUUAUGGGCAAGUUUACAAAGCCAGAGAUAAAGACACAGGGGAAAUGGUAGCACUAAAGAAAGUACGUCUGGAUAAUGAAAAGGAAGGAUUUCCAAUUACAGCUAUUCGGGAGAUUAAGAUUCUUCGACAGCUUAAUCACCAAAGCAUUAUCAACAUGAAGGAAAUAGUGACAGAUAAGGAAGAUGCUUUGGACUUCAAGAAGGACAAAGGUGCAUUUUACCUGGUAUUUGAAUAUAUGGACCAUGACUUGAUGGGACUGCUGGAAUCUGGUUUGGUUCAUUUUAAUGAAAAUCAUAUUAAAUCUUUUAUGAGACAGCUGAUGGAGGGCUUGGCCUAUUGCCAUAAGAAGAACUUUUUGCACAGAGAUAUCAAAUGUUCAAAUAUUCUACUAAAUAAUAGAGGGCAGAUAAAGCUUGCAGAUUUUGGGCUUGCUCGGCUGUACAACUCUGAAGAAAGCCGACCAUAUACCAACAAAGUUAUUACAUUAUGGUAUCGGCCUCCUGAACUUCUGCUUGGAGAAGAAAGAUACACACCAGCUAUCGAUGUCUGGAGCUGUGGCUGCAUCCUGGGUGAACUUUUUACAAAAAAGCCAAUAUUUCAAGCAAAUCAAGAACUUGCUCAACUGGAACUUAUAAGCCGAAUUUGCGGGAGUCCUUGUCCAGCAGUGUGGCCUGAUGUUAUAAAAUUAGCUUAUUUCAACACAAUGAAACCAAAGAAGCAGUAUCGUCGAAAACUGAGAGAAGAGUUUGCUUUCAUCCCACCAGCUGCAUUAGAUUUAUUCGAUUAUAUGCUUGCUCUGGAUCCCAGCAAGCGCUGCACAGCUGAACAAGCUCUUCAAUGCGAGUUUCUGCGAGAUGUGGAACCAUCUAAAAUGCCUCCUCCAGACCUUCCUUUGUGGCAGGAUUGCCAUGAGCUGUGGAGUAAGAAGCGCAGAAGACAGAAGCAGAUGGGCAUGACUGAUGACUCAACAGCAACUAAAGUCCCUAGGAAGGAUCUGUCUCUAGGCAUGGAUGAGAGCAGAACCAACACCCCACAAGGCAUGCAAACUUCUUCCCAACUCAAAACUCAGGGCAACUCUAGUGUAGCACUUGCAAAAACAAGCACUGGACAGCAGUUAAACCAGAAUGAAGUGGCAAUCCUGCUAAACCUGCUACAGUCUAAAACAAGUGUUAGUUUGGCACAGUUUGCCCAAGUGUUGAAUAUUAAGGUAAACCCAGAGACUCAGCAGCAACUAAAUAAAAUAAAUCUUCCUGCUGGAAUUUUGUCAGCAGGUGAAAAACAGUCAGAACAGCAGCAGCAGCAGCAACCGCCGCCUCCUCCACCACCACCGGAACAGGAGCCUCUAAAACAGCCGACCGUCACGCAGCCUCCUGUACCACCUGCUCAGCUGAGUCAGCCUAAAGUUGAGACUGAUGCUGCCCAGGCAGCUGUACAGAGUCAAGAGGAUUUGGUUAGGCAGUCUGAGAUGAGGCUUCUAAACCGAACACCCGAACAAGAACGCCCUCGGAUCUUGCCUCCAGACCAGCGUCCCCCAGAGCCACCGGAGCCUCCGCCUCUCACUGAUGAAGACCUUGAUUAUCGGACAGAGAACCAGCAUUUGCCUAUAACUAACUCUUCAGGAACAGAUCCUCACGCAGGAGUGAAAGCAGCUCUUCUGCAGCUGCUUGCUCAGCAUCAAGCUCAGGCGACAACGGAGGAGCCAGUACAAACGAGUGUGGAUUAUCAGGCUAGAGACUCCUACGUAACAGGCCCAGACUACAAGGAUAACUUUGGAUCAUCUUCCUUCUCAUCUGCUCAUUAUGGCAGUAGCGAUGGAAUAGGAAGCGGAUCAUCAGGAGCAUUAGAAAGGAGGAGCUUCCUUGGAAACUCGGAUAUUCAGUCUUUGGAUAACUACAGUACUGCUUCAUCUCACUCUGGUGCUGCCCCUCCUCCGUCGGCCUUUUCAGAAUCCUUUCCCAGCUCAGUAACAGGUUAUGGAGACAUUUACCUCAACACUGGCCCUAUGCUAUUUAGUGGAGAUAAAGACCAUAGGUUUGAAUACAGCCACGGCCCGAUCCCGGUUCUGGGGAGCAGCGGUGACGCUUCCGCAGGGCCAGAGAUUGAAAAUCCUGCUUCGUAUAUGGCUAACUACCACAUUGUAGAGCAUGGAGAAACUCACUUCGCUAACUACAUAGCGUUUGAGGAUCUGGCAAAUGAGAAAUGGAGAGAGAGUCAUGCUGCUUACGAUGUCCCUGUAAGUCUGGCAGUUGCCUUCACUAGACAGUAG